GUGGGAAAAGUCUACAGAACAUUCGUCUUUUGCAAUUUGUCUGGUAUGGAGAAGCAAUGGAGUCUGGAUGGGAAUGGAAUUGCUCUGAAGGUUCCAGUGUUCAUUUUAGGGACAACACAUAGCUGCUAGACUGCAAUUUCAAUCUAGUUCAGGCUCACCUCUCCAUAAUGGAUCCAAGUAUUCCAAAACUGAUCCAGCGAUAUGAUGGGGACAAUUCCACUUUCUGGGGCACUGAGCAUACGUCAGAUCAUCCCUGGACAGGACUGUUUCUAGGACUUGCUCUCCCUACUUCUUUGAUGUUGCUUAUUGCUUUGUGUCUCUUCAACAUUCUGGUCUUGCGAGCACUUCUUUUCAAACGCAAGCAGAGUGCAACAAAUCUUGUCAUGGUGUCAAUGGGAAUAGUGGACACCGGUCUUUGCUUGACAGCUUGCCCAACUGUGGUUAUUUCAGAUCUCAACUUAUCAUUGCCCUUUUACUAUUGUAUGCUUUUGACAACAAGUGUCCUUAGCUGGGCAAUUGCAUCUUCUUUUCAUCAUGUUGUUAUUGCUUACUAUCGUUGGUACAUUGUGGCAUAUCCAACCAGGUACAAGUCAUCUUUGACUCGCACCAACAUAUUUUUUCACACCAGCCUGUGCUGGCUUGGAGGAAUCAUGGCCAGCAUCAUUCCUUACAUGGGAUUUAAUAACUACCAUAACUUGCAGAAUAUCUCUUCUUCAAUGAACACCUCAAACGUAUCAGAGUAUCAUGCCUCCUGGCAACAAGGUAGCCAAGGAUGUUCCGAGUCACCCAUCAAAUGUUAUGUUCCUUGCCUCUAUCAGAACGUCUUGUCACUUGCCUACUUGUCAUAUGUUAUCUUUGGAUUAUGUGUCUUAAUUCCUCUAAGCAUCAUUGCUGUGUUCUACUGCCUGAUCUUUAAAGCACUGAAGGCCCACAGUCUCAACAACAGCCUCAGCAGGGGCUUCUACAAAAAGCAAAAACGAGUUGCUCGCAUCACUGGCCUCCUCUUCACAUUCUACAUUGUUUCAAGACUACCCUUCAAUCUUAUAAAUUUGGUUCUCUUCUUCUGUCCCAGAUGUUUGUUUCCAACUUGGGUUUUUCCAACUUCACUCUUUUGUGCUGUCUUUAGUGCUGCCUCCAACCCUUUGUUGUAUUUUACAAGAAACAGGGAACUGAAAAAAGCUAUGAGGCAGAUUCUCAAAAACUGGAGGCGAAAUACCAAAAUUCGACACCAUCAUCUACCAACAGUAGAUCAGCCAGGACUUAUUUCAGGGAUACAAUCGAGUUGCUCUACAGUUGGAAACCUGGCAUUCCUAUUAGCAUACCUUUUGGACAAAAAGCCUUAUGAGGUGGUUCUUUGGAUUUAG